AUGCUGGUCUGCGGAGAGACGCUCGGGCCCGACCGCCCGACGUGUCCGAGACCAGGUCCUCUCACAGCCAAGUACGUCUUCGAGGGGCGAUCAUUCGUCCCUGUCGCCGUCCCGAGGCCGCCGCCGCCGCCGCCUGAGCCGGAACAAGCCGGCGGAGGACCGGGCGGCUCGUCCGACCAGGCGGCGGCGCUCAGCCUGCUCGACCUUUUGACGCCGGACUACGCGAGCCCGGGGACGAAGACAUCGCGCAGCGGCAGGUGGGCGGGGAUUCAGCUGCGGGUGGUCGCACAGGAGUGGCACCGGAUGGACGUGGACAAGCGGACGGGCGACAAGCAGCGCGUCCUCUCCAACCAGAGCUCCUUUGCCAUCCGCGUGCAAGUCGAGGCGACGGCUGGCAAGCGUCUCCGGCAGGGCAUGCAGCUCAAGGCGGCGCUGAUGGUGGCUCCGACUAACCGGCCCGCUCUCGAGUCGCUCGCACUCGGGGUGCGCCUCUCGACCUCGCAGACUCCACCCGCCCUACACACCAGCCCAUCCUCCCUCCUCUCGCCGACCCGCGCGCGGCUCCGUCCCUCGCCAGGAGCGGGAGAGGGUCCAGUCGGGCUCGUCGCCGCUCCUCUUUUCAUACGCCGCGGGCAGGCCGCGCCGCGAGAGCCGAGCGGCGCUGCAAGCCGCCACGCCAGUCGAGGUUCGGCACGCACCCCCGUAUUCCACCCCUCCCUCCCCUUCUCCCCCAGCGCCAGCACACAGGG